AGAUGCUGCGAAAGUUCUAGUCUGAAAAGGCAGCUGUGACAUCACGGAGCGAUAGGUGGGGCCCUCCCUUUGUCGCGAUCCAAUCAGACUGAGAGUUGGGAUCCUGGGCGGGGCCAAGGAAACUCCAAGGACUCUCUCUUGGGAAUCUGGGGCCUCACGUGGGUAGCCGGGAGGAGGAGGCUGUGGGUGUUCCUAGUAAGGGGCAAACCGUGACUGUGACCCCAAUCAAGAGCUUUCUCUACCACGCAACUAACCUUACCCUCACCCCCAACAAAAUUCUUAAUUGUAGUCGUGGGAAAAGAUUAGAGUUGGAAGGACGUGGCUUGGUCAUUCUCUCUAAAAGCUGUCAGAACGUGGGCUCUUCAGCGAACCCUCGUAUUCGAGGGUACAACAGGAGUCAAGGUCGGGCGUAGAGUGCUUCAAGACUCCUCGGUUCUCUAAUGAGAAGUGUGCGCCCUGCCAACUGGGGCUCCGUUAGUCUCGGGGAAGGGCUUCUCUCCAUUUAGCGUUCACCUUCUCGGGUGGGGGUAAGAAGACCCUCCCCGGAGUUCGGCACGGACUGCGCGCUCUUGUCGCAAUGGAGCCGCGGGGGCUUCCCCUCCUGGUGGCGACUCUGGCCGGCUGCCUGUUUCCUGCCAGGGGCUGUGUCAUUUGCGAUCCAAAGGUCAGGGAGGCGCUAAACUCCUUGGAGAUGGAUUACCUGCCUGGACACCUGGAGGUCAGCUAUCACAAAAAAGUGAUGGAAAAGAUAAAGCAGGCAGUGGAAGAUUUCAAGGACCUGCCGAUUGACGAGAACUCCUAUAUGGGGGUUGUCGAUGAGGCCACACUAGAAAAGGCAUCCUGGAGUUUGCUGAAGGAUAUGAAACGCAUCACAGAUAGUGAUGCAAAAGGUGAGCUCUUCGUGAAGGAGAUGUUAUGGAUGUUGCACCUGGCAAAGAAUACCUUUGCCAGCUACGCUGCUCAGUUUCAAAAAGAGGGUUUGAUGUUGCAGCCUCUCAUUUGGUGCAGUACCUGCCAGAAGCAGGUUCACGCUUGUCGAAAGUCUAAGAAUUGUGGAGAGCGCGAAGUCAAGGUCCAUCAAAUGGAAGACAUGAUCCUGGACUGUGAGCUCAACUGGCAUAAAAUCUCUCAAGGCCUGACCGAUUACAGCUUUUACAGGGUUUGGAAGAACAAUUCUGAGACCUUGGUGUCCAAGGGGAAGGAGCCCAUCCUGACCAAGACCAUGGUGCGUCCGAAGGAUGCAGGUACCUAUCGCUGCGAGCUGGGUUCCAUAAAAUCCAGUCCAGCCACGAUCAUCUAUUUUCACGUCACAGUAUUGCCCAAAAGAAUCCAGGAGGAGAUACCGUCACCAAACACCGAAACUCAGGAUGAGACGGCCCAAGGAGAGGUGGCUUUGGAUCGCCCCCACUCAACCGUCGAGCCACAGACUCCGAAGCCGGAGCAAGUGCUGAAAAGACGCCUGCUCGGGGUGCUGAUCUGGGGCUUAGUGGUGCUCACAGCCGGCGUUCUAUCCGUGUGAGCCGCCCACUGAAAAAGGCAGGGCUUGGAGUGGGAGGCGGGGUUUCCCGCUACCCAAUGCAGGCGGGGGUCUGCGAGCCGAGGAACGCUGAGAGCUGGACUGCCUUUGGGAGCCGGGCUCACCUAAGGAGCGCGAAGCUUGGAUCACUGCUAGAAUAAGAUCAAACCUAGAGAGGCCGGGAGGAGUGGUCCUCACUCAGGGAGGACCUAACCUGUUUCCGCUCUGUGUGCUCCCAUCAGGAUCCUUUUCUCUCGGUCUGGCAAAGUGGUCGAUUUCAUAAAGUCCCGGUUCAGCACUGGCAGUCGGACUGUUUAGGACUCGGGGGUUUCAAAGGAAAAGAUCAAAGACUCCAGGAGAAAAAUAAAUAUUUAUCUGGUGGUCCAAGUAUCUGACUCACUCCCCCGGACUGAUUCUAACUUUUGGUCUCCCCCCACCCCCAAGAGAAGUUUGGGGAUGGUCUUCUGUCCGAGAAAGGAGGAGCUGGGACCCCCGGGCCCUGUGGGGCCUGGAAGGGGCCAGCUGGCGGCGAUGAUUCCAGAAUCAAGGAGUGGGGCAGGGCCAGCCUUCCCCAGAUCUCCUCCCCCAGGCCCGGUCCCCUCACAGGACGCCCCCUCCCCGCUCUUCCUGCCGGUUUCCUCUUGCCUUUUCCUG